AAACAAACUAGUUAGGUUUGGAUAAAAGUGAAAAUUUGUUUGUCCAUGCUUCUUGCUGGAUGUGAAGUUAGUUUGUUGACGAUGCAUUGUCAAACGUGAUCAAGUUGAAAUCGUUUGAAGCUAGAGAUGUAACGAUACGUGAACUGUUUAUAAGGACAGUGAAGACUUUUAGUUUGUGCAAUCAACAAAACUCGAGUUUCUCUGAGUAAAAUCUCUGCUAUUAGUGUCAGCUGUCAUAUUUACUGAACGGUUUAAUUGUCAGACUCUGGGACGAGGUAAGACAAUGUAAAUUGUGAUAAUGCAUUGCAGUUGAUUAUUAUUGCUUAUUUGAUGCAACACUUUUUAUUAAGCUGAAAAUUUUGUAAGAGCUUCACAGAUACUCAGAUAGUCUGCCUGUAAUCAUUAAAAAGGAAGAAGUAAGCUUAGGGCAGUAGGACUAAUUCCAGAUAUAAAGUGAUUCCAAAAUGGCCGUUGCUGUAAAACAGCUGCGAGCUUCCCGAAGUUAUUUUGGUAAAGUUCAGGCAUGUAUAUUGGAUUGGAGUGGUACGACAGCAGAUAAAUAUGUCAUAGCACCUGCUGUGGUGUUUUGCCGAGUAUUUCAGAAGCACAAAGUUCCCAUAACGAUGCUAGAAGCUCGAGGACCAAUGGGACUUCGUAAAGACCUUCAUAUUAAAGCACUGACAGAACACGAAGAAAUACGAGCUAGAUGGCACGCAGUACAUGGUAAAUACCCUGAUCAGACAGAUGUGGAUAAACUGUUUAAUGAUUUUGUACCAAUGCAGUUAUCAUGUAUUAAACAGUAUGGGGGUUUAAUCCCUGGUGCAGUCAAUGCUAUAAACAGACUCCGCGAGGAUUACGAUUGCAAAAUAGGGAUGACGACUGGCUUUUUAAGACCAAUGGUAAAUAUUUUACUGGAAGAAGCCAAAAAACAAGGUUUCGUUCCUGAUGCAGAUGUAGCUGGAGAUGAAGUUCUCCAUGGCGAACGUCCAAAACCCUACAUGUUAUAUCGUAACCUGGAUCUACUGGACGUCCAUCCUAUACAGUCGGUUGUUAAGGUAGAUGACACAGUAUCCGGGGUAGGAGAGGCCGUGGAGGCGGGAUGUUGGGGAGUGGGUGUGUCCAGAUAUUCAAAUUACAUGAAUAUUGACAGUUUAGAACACGAAGGUCAACUUUCGGUAGAGGAUAUUGAGCAGAGAUUGGAAUAUACUCGUAAACUAUUGGUUCAUGCUGGAGCACAUUACGUAAUAGACAGUAUCGCGGAGCUACCAGACGUCGUAGAUGAUGUGAACAGAAGAUUAGCGAACGGAGAAAAACCGUGAACUGUGAACUGAACCAUUGAUUGUUUGUACAUAUUAAACUUAUAUUAACAGUUUUAUUUAUGGAUCUAAAUCAGAAUUUUUUGAUUGUUUUUACUAUUGAUAAGUUAUUCGAGACACUAUCAAUAUUAAAUUUAAAUGAUGACAUAAUAACAUGCUGUAUGUUAACACUUGAACAACUUGACUUUAUAGUAGAGGAUCUAAAGGUAUUGAGAUAAAUGUUGGCUUGAAGCCAGAAUGAUAAACAUGUAAACAUCAUACUUGAGAUGAGAUAUUGGUGCACAUCGGUUAAAACAUCAACACAAACAUAAUAUAAGCCUAGCUUGUAAAAAGUUUAAAUUUUUGAAAUGGUCUGCUUGUUGAAUCUAGUGUUUCUUUGACUAUAAAUAGGUAACAAUAUC